UACCGGACCUUGCGAAACAAAUACGCCCAUUGGUGAGCUGUCACUUUUUGAGGAUGCAAGCUGCUAUCAGCUAACCACAAUUUUCACCAGUGGCGGUUAGUAAAAUUUACCAGACUGGGCACCCGAACCUAGAUAAACGUUGGUCUUUACAAAACCGCCCACUGUUUGGAGGCGAAAAAAAGUAAGAUAGAGGCACUAGAGGCAGCUGUCGAAAGGCUAGCUAUCGUAAGCUAACAAUAUAUAGUAGCUAGCUUGACAUGUUGUUACUGGGGAAAUGAAAGGGAUCCUCUCUCUCUUCACUUGCGAGAAAUGUGGAUCAAUUGUCAACACUUUGAUAGCUAGAUUUCUAAUGUUGUAGGUUAUAGGAUAGGUAGGUAGCUAGCUAGAGCUAGCUCACCAUGACUCGCUCUUCCUAACGCGCCCGGAGAGAAUACAGUCAGUGUGACAACAACGGAGGCUAACGUUCGCUACCUGGGUACAACGGGAAAAGGCCAGCGUCUUUGACAUAUGACGGUACCACUCAGCUGGAGAGAUGUACUCACCAUCUAGAAAGGACUUCAUCGCGUUGACCCUCAGUGACCAACACAGCCGCAGCUACAACAACGGAAAGCACCGCCGCCAGUCCUGCUGGAGGAAGUGGAAGCAGCUGUCUCGGCUGCAGCGCAGUCUCAUCCUCUUCCUGCUAGCUCUGCUGCUGAUAUGUGGACUUCUCUUCUACCCAAGCUUCUCAGAGCAAUGGGGAGGCAUGUCGGACAAAGCGGCAAGGGAGGACUGGGAUGAAGACUGGGAAAGAGGCCUGAAACCCGUCCCUCCAGGAGUAAACCCUGUGGCUGGCCCAGCUGGAGGUCCGGCUGUGGGCCUGGCUGGUGUAGCAGUCGGCCCAGAGUUGGACCCAGGGUUGGGUCUAGCUGUGGCUCCAGGACUCAUACCAGAGGUCAUUCCAGAACCCCGGAGGCCAAAGGUCCCCUCUAUACCCAAACCUCCAGCCAAGAAGAGACCAUUCCCCAACAAGAGAGGCCCUCCAAGCCUGCAGAAGGAGCGGAAUGUAUCAGAUUCACUGGUAAAACCAGCUGAGAAAGUGCCAGUGGAGAAAGCUGAAGAGAAGGAGGGAGAGAAGCCUCUUGUCAGCUGGCGAGGAGCCAUGAUCGAGGCUGACGAGGCUACAGAACCCCCACCCUCUGCCCAUGAGAAGGAUGCCGCUGUGCCUCCUGUGCCAGUCAACCCUGAGGACACAGCCCCACUGGCACCAGUUUCAGUGAAGCCUGUGGACAGGCUGGAGAUGGUGCGAGAGGCCUUUAGGCAUGCCUGGAAGGGCUAUAAGGAGUUUGCCUGGGGUCAUGAUGAGCUCAAGCCUGUGUCUAAGUCCUACGGGGAGUGGUUUGGCCUGGGCCUGACUAUCAUUGAUGCUCUGGACACAAUGUGGAUCCUGGGACUGAAAGAAGAGUUUGAGGAGGCGAGGAAGUGGGUGGAGACUGAGUUGUCAUUCUCUAAGAAUGUGGACGUGAACCUGUUUGAGAGCACCAUCCGGAUCCUGGGAGGCUUGCUAAGCACCUACCACCUGACCGGCGAUGAGAUGUUCCUGGAGAAGGCUAAAGAUAUUGGCUUGAGGUUGAUGCCUGCUUUCAAAACCCCCUCCAAGAUCCCCUUCUCUGAUGUGAACAUUGGGAAGGGCACGGCCCACCCCCCUCGCUGGACGUCCGACAGCACCCUGGCCGAGGUCACCAGUGUCCAGCUGGAGUUCAGAGAGCUCAGCCGCCUCACCCAGGACCCGCAGUACCAGGAGGUGGUGAAUGAGGUGAUGAGGCUGGUCCAUAAGCUGCCAGGGAAGCAUGACGGCCUGGUGCCCAUGUUCAUCAACACCAACAGCGGCCAGUUCACCCACAAAGGAGUCUUCACCCUGGGGGCCCGGGCUGACAGCUACUAUGAGUACCUGCUCAAACAGUGGAUCCAGGGAGGCAAGACAGAACCAGAUCUGUUGGAGGACUACCUGGAGGCGAUAGAGGGGGUCAAGAAGCACCUGCUGAGAACCAGUGGACCCAGAAAGCUGACCUUCGUAGGGGAGCUCAACCACAAUCGCUUCAACCCCAAGAUGGACCACCUGGUGUGUUUCCUGCCUGGCACGCUUGCGCUGGGUGCCCACAAUGGGCUGCCGGAGGAUCACAUGGAGCUGGCCCUGCAGCUGAUGGAGACGUGCCACCAGAUGUACAUCCAGAUGGAGACGGGCCUGAGCCCCGAGAUCGCCCACUUCAACCUGCAGCCCUACGACGGGCGAGACGUCGACGUCAAGCCUGCAGACAGACACAACCUCCUGAGACCAGAGACCGUGGAGAGUCUGUUCUACCUGUACAGGUUCACUAAGGACGCCAAAUACAGAGACUGGGGCUGGGACAUUCUAGAGAGCUUCAACAAAUAUACCAGGGUGCCAAGUGGAGGCUACACUUCCAUCAGUAAUGCCGACCCCGUGAACCCGGGUCCGAGGGACAAGAUGGAGAGCUUCUUUCUGGGGGAGACGCUCAAGUACUUCUACCUGCUGUUUUCAGACGACCUGGAGCUGCUCAGCCUGGACAAGUACGUGUUCAACACAGAGGCCCACCCACUACCCAUCUGGCAAUUGCCCCCUGUCUGAGACAGGAGGUGAUGUCAUAGAGAAGUAGCCUACCAAUGAGAUCCCAGGAUUUGAACUUCCUAGCUGUUGCCUUCUCAAGGGAUCCAGCUUGACUCACUGUGCACAGUAGAAGACAAACUCGUCAAUGGGUUUUCAAGUGGAGAGGUUUUCCUUGGGGGGGGGGGGGGGGCAUAGAGCUGGCCUCUUGUACAAAGCUUUUGUAGUUUGGAGUAGACACACUUGAGAAUCUUGAUGGCUUGCUGUUCAGUUUAAAAGAAACAAGAAGAACGAUGGUCUACAGAAUCAGCUCAACGGAAACUAGACUGAGACUCCCCCAGGUGCCAGUUUGAUUCUUUUCUAACACUAAAAGUAGUAUAAUCCUCUCCCCCCCGACCCGCUGACGAUGGAUAUGUAAUAAGGUGGAAGUACCAGAUAAUUAUGCUUUCCCAUUGAUUUGUCCCAUACAUUUAUGUUAGAGCAUUGUUUACCCUGAAGGGAGUACUGAAUACAUGGGUUGCAUUGUUGAGAGCCUUUAAUGGGAGGUGAAACACUCCUAACCCAUAGGUCUUUCAGGAGUUCCUCUCCUUGAGAGCCAUUACCACAGAAAUAGAAUGAGUAGAAUGGGCGUCGCCAUUUACGUCAGUUAAUCCAUAAUGGGUGGACUGGCGGCCAUUUUGUGUGUUCAUUCUAUUUCUAUGAGCCUUACACCACUAGUUACUACUGUCGAUGUGGAGGACCAAUUGAAGUAGCCUAUAGUACCGUGACUGUUGAAGCUCCUGUGGUGAAAAAAUGCUUUGCACUUUCAUCUCUAAAAUGUAAGGAUUGGUCUUUUUGUAUAUUUAAGUGACGUGGGAGUAGAUUUGAGUAGUGAUGCAUGCAGGUGAUUCUGCGUGCUUUAGCUGAAUAGAUAAAAACCAACACUGAUGGCCUAUGAAUGAAAUGCCAUUAAUCAUUGUUGCACAUGGGACCACAGCCUACAAUGACAGUUUAUUUUUCAUUUUUAAAUGUAUUUAUUGAUUUUGUUUUUGUGUUUUUCAUGAUGACUUAUAACAAGUCUAACCCUCAUGUUUCAUGGGAUUGUAUGAAGGGUAAUUGGGAACGUAAUCGAGGUAAUGAAGUAAUGGCACGUUUGUAUACUUUUAAAUGUGAUUUCUCCAAUGCCGACAUGAGUCGUGUAAAUAACUCUAUAUUAAUGUGUUAUGAGAAUUUGAGUUAUGAGAAUUUCAUGCAUAUUUCAUUCGGGACCAUGUGUCUGUGUAUUCGUCUCAUCGUGAGGGAGUUAAGGUUUGUGCAAUCGACUUGUAGGCAAGUCUCAUGACUGAACUGCGACAUUUUGGGUUCUAGAUUAAUCGACUUGCCACAGCCUAAUUAGUGUGCUGCCACUGAGAAUUCUCAUGUUUGGGUUCUGGGUAGAAUAUAUUCUUGUUGCUUGAAUUAAAUCUGUUACAAAGCCAGACUCAUUAUCAGUCAGAAUUAAUACCAGAACUAAUGAAUAUAGACUAGUAAGAGUCUAUGAGAAGGGUUCUUGUUUUCUUGAGGUGUUGGCGAUAUUAGGCUGAUGGCUAGUUAAGCAUACCUACAGAGCUCUCAAUCAUGAAUGGUUGUUUCUCCCAAUUUUAUGCCGUGCCUGUUGAAGAUGUCCACGGUAGUCACUGAGUGUACAAAACAUUAGGAACGCCUUCCAAAUAAAGUCGUGCCCCCUUUUGCCUUCCGAACAGCCUCAGUUUGUUGGGGCAUGGAUUCUACAAGGUGUCUAAAGCGUUCCACAGGGAUGCUGGCCCAUGUUGACUCUACAAGGUGUCUAAAGCGUUCCACAGGGAUGCUGGCCCAUGUUGACUCUACAAGGUGUCUAAAGCGUUCCACAGGGAUGCUGGCCCGUGUUGACUCUACAAGGUGUCUAAAGCGUUCCACAGGGAUGCUGGCCCAUGUUGACUCUACAAGGUGUCUAAAGCGUUCCACAGGGAUGCUGGCCCGUGUUGACUCUACAAGGUGUCUAAAGCGUUCCACAGGGAUGCUGGCCCGUGUUGACUCUACAAGGUGUCUAAAGCGUUCCACAGGGAUGCUGGCCCAUGUUGACUCCACAAGGUGUCUAAAGCGUUCCACAGGGAUGCUGGCCCAUGUUGACUCCACAAGGUGUCUAAAGCGUUCCACAGGGAUGCUGGCCCAUGUUGACUCUACAAGGUGUCUAAAGCGUUCCACAGGGAUGCUGGCCCAUGUUGACUCCAGGGAUGCUGGCCCAUGUUGACUCCAGGGAUGCUGGCCCAUGUUGACUCCAGGGCUGCUGGCCCAUGUUGACUCCAAUGCUUCCCACAGUUGGGUGGUGGACCAUCCUUGAUGCACAUUGGAAACUGAGCGUGGAAAAAACCAGCAACGUUUCUUUUACACACUCAAACUGGUGCGCCAUUUACACACUCAAACUGGUGCACCAUUUACACACUCAAACUGGUGCGCCUGGCACCUACUACCAUACUCUGUUCAGAGGCACUUCAAUAUUUAGUCUUGCCCAUUCACCCACUGAAUGCCACACACACAUGUCUCAAUUGUCUCUUGUAAUCAUGUUUUUUAACCCGUCUCCUCCUUCAUCCACACUCACAUUGAAGUGGAUUUAACAAGUGACAUCAAUAACGGAUCAUAGCUUUCACCUGGAUUCACCUGGUCAGUCUGUUUUGGAAAGAGCAGGUGUCCCUAAUGUUUUGUACAAAGUGUAUAUAGUUAAUGGUUAUGUCUUGUAGAGCGUUUUGGCAAGGGAGGUGUCUUUUAUAGCUCACUAUUUGGGAGGUUUCAAGUAAAAUUAUUGCGUAACAAGUGUAAAUAUUUUAUGGGCAUUCUUUUUAAAUGGUCUCCUGAAUGUUGUGAUUGUGUUCCCCUUCUGGCGUGUUAAAUGCCCAGUGCAGUCAAAAAUGUGAUUUCUGUGUUUUUAUAUGUAUUUCCACAUUUAUGAGGUUCGAAUAAUAUUGUGAAAAUGAGAAUGCCCUUUUAGUGUAAGAGCUGCUUGAAGUUGGCCUGAAAUUUCAGCCUGUUUUGAUGGCUUGGCCUUUCCAUGGUGACCUCACCAUGGGGUAAAUUAGUUAGACUAAUAAGAUAGAGUUUCAAGCCUUUGCCAAUAUCAGACCCCUCCCAGACAGUCCUAGUGAAAUUCUAUUUUGCUAUUUGCUAAAAAAAAUAUAUAGUUUUAUUUUCAUUGACUAUUUUAAUUGAUAACAAUCACAGUAAGGUACUUAAUUGUUACCCAGAAAUUAUUUGAUAUUGAGAUAAAAACUGCUGCAUUAAACCUUUUUAAUGGUGCUUCUCCCAGUAUGAAAUAUAGACCUCUCCAGAGAGGUGGAGAGGAGGCGUUCAUCCCAAAUAGCAGCCUAUUCCCUAUAUACCAGAGCCCUGGUCAAAAGUAGUUCAUUAUAUAGGGAAUUGGGUACCAUUUGAGACCGUUUGUCCUGAAGUCACACUUUGGCUAACAUUAAUUGUUUAAUUUCAUAGCCCUUAUAUUGUGCUUCUUUAAGCAUUUUUAACUAUAAUUCUUCUAGUUGAUCAACUGCUUUAAAAACAAUACAUAGGUUGUGCUUUGCAAAAUGAUCAUAACUCAUUACAGUAGGCUAUAUUUCAUAGGUCGAUUUCUGAACCCAAAUCCUGACCAAAACCAUCAGGAUUUGAGUCAGCAGAAUUGUCCCUGCAUCAGUGUUUGGGCAGAACCCUCCUCCACACGGUCUGUCAUCCACAGCACAGCUUACCUUCCCUACCACCUUUUGUGGUGUGUUGGAAGUCAUUUUAACGUUGUGCCUUCUAUAGCAACUAGCGUUUGGCAGCUUCCUCACUCCCAGAGAUUGUCUGCUGUUCCUGUAAUUGCUUCUCAGCUUUGGCCCCAGUCAGACUUUAAACUCAAUCAAAUAUUCAUGAUCGCCAUUGGUGCUUAGUUGGUGUGAGUUUUUUAAAAGAUUGGAGGAGACUAAAGACAUGAGAAAAGGAAUGUAGUCAUUUGUCACCAUGGCGAUCACUUCGAUACACAAUUCAGAGUUUCAGAGGUCCUUUUAUAUUUAACACAUCAUUACAUGGCCAUAAUGAAUUUAUCGGGUUGGAAAUGAAAUAUCUACAUGGAGAGAAAUGAGAGGGAGGAUAAAAAGUCAAAAUAAGGGGUGUUUUUUUUGUUGUUUCUCCAACGUGACCUUUAACAGUGUGUGGUAAAAUGGAAAUGUGUUUUUUUUGUUGUUUCUCCAACGUGACCUUUAACAGUGUGUGGUAAAAUGGAAAUGUGUUUUUUUUGUUGUUUCUCCAACGUGACCUUUAACAGUGUGUGGUAAAAUGGAAAUGUGUUUUUUUGCAUAUCUGUUAUUAGGGUUUAGUGUUUACUCAAGGGCAGCGACAGAUUUGUUUUCCAUAGUCGUCUCGGGGAUUUGAACUAGCAACCUUUUCGGUUCCUGACUCAACGCUCUAACUGGUAGGCUGAAAGAAAGAAGAAAUUUAGAAACUCACUGAAAUUACUUGUUUUAAAAGGCCCUACAAAAUAUAAAAUGUUGUCCACUCAAUACUGCUUUAUAGAUUGAAAACGUUGCUCUCCCAUGUAGCAAUCUGUUGGUGGAGAUUGCAAAUAUGACCCUUGCGUCCUAGACCAAAGACAUGAUUAAUAGUGUUUUGUGUUCUCACAAUCAAAUUCAUUGAACUGUUUAAGAAGUAGCGUCCAUUAGAGAAGGGUCAAAUCUUCCCCCCAAAGACUACUAAGCCCGGCAAUUUCUUCAUGAAGAUAGUGGUCACAGGGAUUGCCUUGCCGUUGAACUGCUACCUAUUAAGCUUGACUUUGAAGAAUCCUUUCAUCUCUCUAAGAUUGUCACGCCACAAGACUGUAAUAUUAUCCACACUGCUGUUGUAAGUCCAGCCGCAGCUUCUCUCUGUCAUUUGGAACGACAAUAAAGAUUUUAAACUAA